AUGGGAAAGGAUAAAGGAGAUGGUGUGCAAUUUUUCUUCCUUAACGGUGAGUCCUUCGCCGUUAACAACGUUGUCCAGAACGUGCAGUCCGCCGGGGGAGUCGUCCACCCGGUCCUCGCGUGGAAACAGGGCGGCUGCAUUCGCGUAGUAGGGACCCGGCGGAUCGCGGUAAGCUUCUGCAUCCAUGACAUGUACAUCUGGGCUGAAAACGCCAUCCUCGGAGACCUGGCGGGCCUGUGCUUCGGCGGCCGUGAUUUCGGCUUUAGGCCCGCCGGCAGGUUCCAACGACUGCCUGCCUCACAGUGGGACAUCGACGAGUGGGGCCAAUCGCUGCAAGUUUCGGGCAACAAUACUGGGCCGUUGGAAACCACCACCGUCCCUCCUAUUCUGGAAUGUGUUACCGAAGACGAACAAAUCUACUUCGAGUGCCAAGGCCUCUUCGGCGAGACCUCUGCGAGUGACGGUUUGCAUGAGGCUGCAGUAGACUUCUGCAAGGUCGACCUGUGCGCCAUGACGCUGAGUGGCGCCAACCAGGUGGAGAUAGAUGCCUGGAAAACCAAAAUGGUCGUCAUGCUGGACAACACAAUUGAAGUCAUCAACAACACCCUCCCACCUGACCAUCCACAAACAACUGAAGCUCCAACAACGAUUGGAUAUCCACCAACUGAAGAUCCUAUAAUUGAAUAUCCAGAUUUUACAACAAUUGGAUAUCCACCAACUGGAGCUCCAACAAACUGCACCUUCGACGGGAAGAUGUACUCAAACGGAGAAAAGAUUGGAAUCAGUUGCUUGGUCCUUGAGUGUGUGGGAGGCACGUGGGAGCCGACAGGGAGUAUAAACAACACAUGUUCAAUGUGUUCAAUCAGAAAUGACCCCCACUUCAUCGAUUUCUUUGCCUGGGCCUUCGACUUCCACGGCACGGGUAGCUACAAAAUCGCAAGGAACGUCAAUGAAAUCGGAGUGACUGGUGAAUUCUAUCAGUGCUUUCCCUUCAUAUCCUGUCUGGACACUAUUACGUACAGAGAUAAUCCAGGCACAGUCAUCACUUUCGACAGAAAUCACGUGAACAAGAUCUCUGUGAACGGUUUCCUCUUCGAUGUUACCGAUGUUGUCCAGAACGUGCAGUCCGCCGGGGGAGUCGUCCACCCGGUCCUCGCGUGGAAACAUGGCUACAACUGCAUUCGCAUUAUAGGGACUCAGGGUAUCGCGGUGGCCUUCUGCGGAUGGGAAAUGUACGUCUGGGCCCAAGACGCCAUCCUCGGAGACCUGGAGGGCCUGUGUCUAGCUGACCCCAAGUUCGAGUUGGGCGAUGCACCGAGGGACUUCACUUUCCUUCCAGUCUCGCAGGAGGAUAUUGACGCGUGGGGCAACCAAGUUCAAGAACCAUUGACCCGUCCCGUCAAGAGAAGCGCUCCUGUCACUGAUGUAUCGAGUACCUGUGAUGACGCCCUCGAGGAAGAGCUCCUGCAGGAGUGCCUGGACCUUCUCGGCGGGGCGUCUUAUGAAGGACACAAUCCACGUUCCGCUUUGCUGACGGUUGCUGCCCAGUUCUGCAAGGUUGACCUGUGCGCCCUGACGCAGGAUAACGCGACCCAGCAGGCCAUUGACGAGUGGAAGGACAUCAUGGUCGACAUGAUGGAGAACACCGUCGAGAUCAUCGUCAGAACCCCCCCCAAAGAAGAGCCUCAAGAUCACGAGGAGGAAAGUCAUAAGGGCUUCGACAUCAAAAUCCAGGUCAUUCAGGAGGUCAACGUCUAGGCCACGACGAGGACGCGGUGAUGUCUCCGAGGAAAGAAGUGGAGAAGAAAGUUAUCGUUUAUUUUUAUUUUGUUUACUUGUUUAUUUAUUUUUUUGGGGAGGAGUCAUCUUUACCAUCUGAUAUUUUUUGGGAAAGAAGGAGACAGAUUGUCGCCGCAAACGGUUGAAGUCAAAAUGAAAUUGGUUAAAGGAAACAGAUUGGUAUAUUUAGUGGAAUAUCAUGGCCAUAACAUUCACCUGUCGGAUUUAAUGGAAAAAUCAGUAUCUUUUAUGACCUACAGAUUUGAUGUAAUUAAUGGGGGGAAAUCAAUGAAUUGGCUGUGGACAUAUGACUUAUUGGUAUCUAUUGGAUGUAAAUUUCAUACUUUGGGUUUAGUGAAUGGCGACAGUGCCUCUUUAACGAAAAAAGUGCUACUUAUUUCCUAUUUGAUUUUUUAGAAUGCAUAUAUGCUAAGUUAGCAAAAUUUUAACAAGAGUUUUUAACUUUUUAUGCACAUGGUAAGAAUAUAUGAAUCGCCUUUUCGUGGGUAUUUUAUGAAAUUUGAAUAAAAAGCAAUUAAGAUUC